AUGGGGCUAGAAAGCGGCACCAGCGACGUCUAUGAGGCUCACACCUCAGAAGAGCUCGGGCGCUACCUCAUUGCGGCUCGCGAUUUAGCUCCAGGAGAUCUUGUACUCACUGAACGACCCCUGGUCUUUGGACCCAAGGCCACAGCUGUCCCUGAAGCCACCAUGCCUUGUGUAGGGUGCUACACGCCCGUACCUACUGAUGUUGGAGAGAGAUGCGCUAAAUGCGGCUGGCCAGUUUGCAGUGGGAACUGUCCAGGACUGACGGACCCGAGACAUCACGGAGCAGAGUGCGUCAUACUGAGCGCGCGGCCCGAAUGUGUGCUGGAGAAUAUGCCUGACUAUUAUAGGCAUGAUGCUCUUCUGCCUCUGCGUUGCGCGCUACUGCAGUCGACUGCACCUGAACUGUGGAAGAAGCUCUCAGAAAUGCAGUCACAUAUGGAAUGCCGUUCUCCGGGCACGGAAGCUUAUGAUGAAGCCAACGAGUUCAUCGUAGAAUACCUCAUGAACAACUUCAUCAACAAGCUUGAUGCAGAGACGAAGCAGAAACAUCUUCCAGAGAUGUCAGCAGAGCACCUCCACGUAUUCUGUGGAAUUAUUGACACUAAUGCACUUGAAAUUCGCCUUAUGGAGGGCACUGAGCUACUUGCACUAUACACUAACACUUGUAUCAUGGAACAUAGUUGCAUACCAAACACAAAACACACCUUCAGUCACGCGACAAAAGACAGGAAUGAUUUCUUUAAAAUCACAGUCAAAGUUGUGGUUCCAGUAUUGAAAGGAAAUCAUAUAACAACAAUGUACAGCCACGCUUUGUGGGGAACGCAAGCAAGGAGGCAGCAUUUGAAAGAUACUAAAUAUUUUGCCUGUCGUUGUGAAAGAUGUGCUGACCCCACGGAACUUGGAACCUACAUCAGUGCUAUGAAAUGUCUAGGAGAUGGAGAGAGUGUCUGUGACGGAAUACAUUUGCCUGAAGACCCGUUAGAUGAUGAAACUGAUUGGGCUUGUAAUAAGUGUUCAGUGAAAGUGAAUGGAGCACAAGUACAUAUGCUAAUAGCACAGAUGGCUGAAGAAAUAGAGGCAGUAGAAAUGAUGGGAGGAACGAUACAGAUGCUGGAAGACUUGCUUUGCAGGCUGUCAAUGUUUUUGCAUCCGAAUCACUAUCAUUUGUAUUCCAUAAAACACUCCUUAUUACAACUGUAUGGUCGACAACAGGGUUAUACAUCAGAUGAAAUUUUGAAUAGGAAAAUCAAAAUGUGCAAAGAUCUUAUUGACAUUACUACAAAACUAGAUCCAGGCAACGCUAGACUGAGUCUGUAUAUGGCUGUCCUGCAACAUGAGUUACAUUCGGCGUUAGUUAUGAUAGUAAGAAAAUCUAAUGGUGAAGGAAAACCUCUAGAUGAUUUGAAACCGCUAAUCUUAGACGCUAAAACAGCUGUUAACGCAGCUUUAGACUCAUUGAAAGAUGACAUGGAAGAAAUAGCUGGUAAGAAGUUGUUUGGAGUUAUAACUGAGAGUAAAAGGGACUUUGAUAAGUAUUGUAAGAAAAACAAGGUCAACGUUUGAUUUUUGUUUA